AAAUUUAUACACAGGCGCUCACGUAACCUAGUAGGGUGUAAAACUCAGCCAUUUGGUUUUGCAGAGAUUUGCUCAGAUCUCUCUUCUCGAACCUUCUUUUUUUCAGAGAGGCCAUCAGCCAUGUCCACACCGGCAAAGAAGAGGCUGAUGAGAGACUUCAAGCGGCUCCAACAGGAUCCACCCGCCGGUAUUAGUGGGGCCCCUCAAGAAAACAACAUCAUGCUCUGGAAUGCCGUCAUUUUUGGGCCUGAUGAUACACCGUGGGAUGGAGGUACGUUCAAGUUGACUCUGCAAUUUACUGAGGAUUAUCCGAAUAAACCUCCAACAGUUCGGUUUGUCUCGCGGAUGUUUCAUCCAAAUAUCUAUGCAGACGGAAGCAUUUGCUUAGAUAUUUUACAAAAUCAAUGGAGUCCUAUAUACGAUGUUGCUGCUAUUCUGACAUCGAUCCAGUCACUGCUGUGUGAUCCAAAUCCAAACUCUCCUGCAAACUCGGAAGCGGCUCGCAUGUUUAGUGAGAACAAGCGAGAAUAUAACCGAAGAGUGCGUGAGAUAGUGGAGCAGAGCUGGACUGCUGACUAAGUGCUAAAUGAAAGCACCAGAAACUUGUCUCUCUGCAAAUGAAAAAUGCAGUGUAGGUGGUGGGUCUGAAUUUCCCUACACUUUUUAGAUAGUGGUGAACCCUAUAUUCUGCUUUUGUGUGCAUUGUCCUUAGGAGAUUCCUUUGGAUGAUUUGAUUUCUGGCUUCUAGGUUGAACCCCUUGAUUUCCCUAUGUUUUUACUGAUUCUCGUUUCAUGUAAUUGUAAUUUCUUCUGUCACCUCUGUAUAGGAACAGUAUUAUUGUAGUGAUGCCCUUGGCAAUCUCUCUCUCUUAUCAGAGAGGAAAACGAACAACCUGUUUUACGGGAAUUAUAUUUUGUGGGCCUUCAGAUGUUUUGACUGA